AGUGAAUAAAUGCUCGAUGUGUAUUAUGCAUUGGCGUCUGAAUGUUUGUCUUGUGCACCCUGCGAUUUGCCCUCAAAGGCAAACAUCCCCAUACGUCUCCUUUAAGACAAGUAUUCCCCUUUAAUGUUUCACCUGCCACACCUGGGCCCCCACCCCCGUAAAAGUUUCACAAUAACAAAAGGCUGACUUCGUGUCCGACAGAUUCCAUUUUAACUUCUCGUAAAAAUGGAGCCCCAAAGGUGAAUUCAAAUAUAAAGCACAGGUACAUGGUACAUCGUGGUAUACCAGUUUCCUUUUGCUAUGCCUUGCAGGGAGGAAAGAGCAGGAGCAUGUUGACCUGACCAAUAAAUAAAAAGGCAUAAUAAAAAAUAAAAAGUGAGAAAUUGGCAUAGCUUGCAGGGAGGAGAUUUGUAUUCAAAAACAAACACACAGAGAAACCCAGACAGAGGCUUGUAUACAGGAACAUUUGAAAACAGGACAAAAUGCCUGAAAUCAUGUCGCACGAUCUGGAGCCUGACUCCAAAACCAGUGGAGUCACUGCAGAACCUCAAACUCUGCCGAAGCCUGAACACGAGGAGGAGAACAAGGUGGAGGGAAAGAACGUAGUGAAAGGAGAGGAUCAGGGUGAAGAUGAAGAAAACAAAAUGGAGGAAGAGGAGAAGGAAGAUGAGGAGGAGGCGGUCAGCUCUGCUUUGCUGGAGCCAAGCACUCUACAAUGGCCAGAGAACAAAGAGAGGGAGGUGACUGGAGGUGCAGGGUUUGUGAAAGGAGAGGGAGAGGAGGAGGAAGAGGGGGCAGGAGCGGCAAGGGCGAAAGAAACUGAGGCAGAGAAUGGGAGCGUGGAGUCCCUGUGCACCUCUGCGAAAGGGCAGGAGAGCAGGACGGAGAGUGACCGAGAGCUGGAGAGGAGGGACAGGGAGUCAGUGGAGGGGUGGAUGGAGCUCGAGAAGGAGAUGGGGAUGAAAGAGGAAAAGAAACCAAACCCUUUCGAGAUAGAAGUGGAAGAGGGAGAUGCCCUGGUCAACUCGAUGCCCGAGAAAGCCGCUGGAGUCUUCAGCCACAGUGUCACAAUCCUUCACAGCUCCAGCAAGCCAGAGUCCCCAGGGGAGCUCUGGAGAGGCGACCCAGAGACGGCUCCCUUCCUUGGCCCCCACGCGACCCUACCGAAUGACUACUAUGAUCACUGGACCAAAAAGAAGUCAAAAUGUGGAUGUUGCGGUACUGACCGGGCUGCUCUGAAGGUUGGUGUGUCAGUCUUCACCGCGGGACUCAUCUUCCCUCUCCUUGUGUGGGGUGGUUAUGUCUUCCUGCCGUUUGAUGCCCCACUGCUCAACAGCGCCGCCUUACGGCUGAUCUACACAUUGCGCUGCUCAAUCUUUGCUACAGUUCCAAUAAUACUGGGCAUGUUUGUGUUGGGCGUGUCCCGGCUGCGUUUCGGAGCGGUGAAGGCCUUGUGCGAGGGCGAGGAAGAGAGCAGGGAGGUCCGCGUUCACCGGCAGUACAUCAGCGACUCCAUCUCCCUCUUCCUGCUCUACUUCCUUCAGCUGGGCAUCAUGGCAACUUACCUGAGCCAAGAACUACUCAAACUAGUGCCUCUACUGACUAUUAUCUUUGCUUUUGGCAGGCUGAUCUACUGGAUGUCGAUGGCCAUGGGCAGCAGUGUUCGGGGAGUGGGCUUUGGCUUUUCCUUCCUGCCUAUACUGGCCAUGCUGGGGGCCAACCUGUACUUUAUGUUCAUGCUGGAUGCAGGGGGCAGCAUCUUUGCCAUGGAGGGCCUGGCUGCCCCAGAACCGGAAUAUACCCCCCGGCAGAGGUACUGGGGCUAGAGCCAGGAGGGAGGCCUGGACCUGGAGAGAGGACCAAAUCACAUUUGGACUAGAACCGACUAGAUGUUGUAGACUGUUAUGUUUGCAAUGGGAAGAGUUGGACAGGGGCUUUGUUCAGUCUCAUAGACUAAAAAUGAAAAUCUGUAAAUUAAUGAUUUUAUUCCUGCAUUUUUGUACAUUUUAUUAUCUUUGUAGGUGUGAAUGUUAUUACUAGUGCCCAGAUAAAAAUUUUUGUUACAGCCUAGAUUCAUGACAACAUAAUGCAAAUCAAAAUGGCCUCCUGGCUAUUCCUCUGAGCUGACACAUGACAUGUACAGUCAGUUAAUUUCUAGAUGUCUAGUCUAGUUUAUUGGUUUUGAUUGAGGAAUUUGGUGAUGGUUUACAACAAACAAGUUGGACAAAGACCUUGUUUUUGGCUAAACCUGGUAGUCUGAGCUUUAUUCAUCAGGGUCAGGAGAGUCGAGCUCUGAACCGUCUACAUGCACAUGCUGAUGUUUACUGUGUAUUUCCCAGCUGCUCUAUCAUUUAUUCUCACUCUCGAGGGAGAAAAGAAAUCCAUGUUUUGUAAUGUUAUGCCUUUGGAUCAAACGUACAUAAACAUACACUUCAGCUCUGAUUGAUGAUCCUGUGCCCCUCUCUCUGUACAACAACCAGGAUCCAUCAUACAGACAUCCCAGCCUUUCCCUGUAUACCAGGGUUGGGAAGGUGGUGUGAUUAGUGUGUAUGCAUGUUUUAUUUUCUGCAAUUAAUCCAUUACCUAAUUAGCUGUAAAAACAAGUGCUGGUUCACUCCUAGAUUAUAGUAAAAUAUUAUAGCAAAAUAUUUAGGAUAGAGACACAAGGACAGUUUUUAGAUUAACUGAUGAAAUUACAGAGAAACGUAGCUGAAAUAAGAUAAUGUAAAUUAUUUGGCAAAUGAAAUAAUUCAGAGACUUGGUGUGAAAACCAGAAAUGUAAAGGCUCUGCGCUGCCCAUUACCAGUAUAGACAAAUACUACUUGCAGUGUAGUGUUCAGUUUGAGAAUCGGCAAGGAAGGACUAUCUAGGAAGUCCAUAACAACUGAAUUUACUGGGAUAUUAGGCUGCCUGAAAGCAAUGUAUAGCAUAGAUAGUGGUGAUAAUGACUUCUAAAUAGUUAAAUGAGUCAAAACUAUUGCAGCCUUCACCAGUAUAUAUCGAGCAUUGUGAGUAAAAACAAUGAUCUGCUAAAAUGAAGUAUGAAUGAAUGAGACAAAAUGCAUAUCUAGGAGUCACUACACUGAAAUGUACGCUAUUUAAUUGUUCAUACUGUAAUUAUUACAUUAAGAGCACUAUUUUCACCUGCACAUUUAAGACAUAUAAUGUCAAUGGUUGUCCUUCGAUCCUAUGUUUACUUUUUAACUUUGCUAUUUUUUCAAAUAAUUUUAGUGAAACAUUGAUGUAAAGCACAUUAAAGUAUACAUUAUCUGA